AUGUCCUGCAGCAGUGGUGCUUUAUGUGAAGUUCUUCCACUCUUUCGCAUCUGGCACCUACUUCAGGUUCCGGCACUACAGCAGUCAGUGAAAAGAUCUUCCUCUCACCUUCCUUGUCUUGUGCGAGUGUACAGACCUUUUGUUGAUCAGAACAUGGAAAAGGGGAAAGCAUGUCAUUAUUGGCAAAAAUGGAAGUGGGAUCCUCAAGCUACACACAUCUUACGAAGAAGAACCAUAGAUACUUGGAGUUUGUUAUUUGUGAAACCAUUUCAGGAUGAGCUACAAGAAGCAAAUUCUGCUCAUGAAGCAAAAGAGCAAACAUCUGAAUACUCAGAUGACUUUGAGAGUGAUGAAGAUGGCACAUUAAAUGGUGCUGGGGAAGAACUUAAUGAACACAGUUCAGGUGCUGAAAGCAGUAAGGAGUCAGUUGCGAUAGAGAGUCCUCUCUCAGAUGAUGAUUCUUCACAAAAGGCAGCCUUGGAAAAGGAAGCUGCUGAUGACUUGGCUUUAUCUUUUUCUAAAGAAAAGCUUCAGCAAAUAGUGCUUUCAGAAAGUGAAAAAAUAGAGGAUGACAGAGAACAUGAUGAAGAAUGUUUGGUAAGUCAAAAUCGGAGUGAUGACAGAAGAAACAAUGAUGAAUGUUCAGCUGUGGAAGUACCAUGUGAUAAUGGUGAAAGUGACCACUGUACUGACUUACCUUUUCGUGAACUACAGAAAAAAAGCAAUCAAGAGGAACACAAACCAAUACCAAAGCCACGAUUGCACAAAACAAGAAGUGCUUCAGCAUCAGAUCAAGAUCAGAGCAAGAUCAGCACCGGUGACUUGAAACUGGAGGGCAAUGGUAGAAAAUCCCCUUCUGUAACAGAAGUAGUGACGACCCCAGAACACGAGAAUACAAAGAAAUUAGAGAUGCCAACAGAAGAAAAUUCUGUUGAAACACUGAAAAUAGUGGAAGGGCAAACAGUAACUGAUACAGUACAGGAGGUAUCAGCAAGUGAUCAGUCUGAACAUGGGGAGGCAAAGAACACUUCCGAGGACUCUGUCAAGAAAUUAAGUGAAACAGAGGAAAGAGAUCUGCAAAACCCAAAUGCUUCUUUAUCUGGCAGGUCUCUGUCUUCUGCACCAUUAAAGAGAAAGGCGAAAGCUGUUCCUUCAGCUGCACCUGUUUCAUCUCAGUAUCUGGGAACGUUAAAGCUGUUGGAGGAUAAAUGUCUGCAGAACAGUGCAGAGCUUAACAAAGCAGAUAGUUUGCGAGCAGCUGUUUUCCAGAAUUGGCUGGAAAAGAAAAGGGCCCUUCUACUAGAAUUAAAGAGAAUUGAAAAGAAGAAAGCUGAAAAUCUAAGGAAUGAUACUGAAAAGAAGGAAGCUGUUAAAAGAGAGGAAGCAAUUGCAUCUUUUGAAGCCUGGAAAAAAAAGAAAGGAAAAGAAGCAAAGAAGUUAAGUGAACAAAAGAAGCUUGAGGAACUUAAAAAAAAGAAAGCAGCAGAACAACAGAAUGAGGAGAAAACAGAGGCAGCACAGAAGGCAUUUGAAAAAUGGAAAGAAAGAAAAGUGGAAUAUUUAAGAGCACAAAACAGAAAGGAAAAAGAGUCUGAAAGAAUAAAGAAGAAGAAAGAAGAGGAACUGAUUGCAGAGAAGAGGAGGGACAGCAUGUCAGCAGUUGAAAAAUGGAAUGAAAAAAAGGAGGAAUAUACAAAACAGAAGAAAGCAGAAAAAGUCCUAGAGAGAAGAAAGCAAAAAAUACAACAGGCAAAGAAGGAAGAAAAAGAUAAAAGGGCUAUGGAGGAAUAUGAAAAAUGGCUGGAAAAGAAAGAGAGGAGAGAGGAGCUUGAGAAGAAGCAAAAAAAGUUGCAGGCUGCCCAUGGAAGAGAAGUGCCUCCUCCCUGGAGUCCACCUGGCAAAGUCACAUAUUCAAGGAAUUACUGAUCAGUCUACUGCUUUCUGUGAGAAAAGAUAGUGCACAAAGUUCUGACAGGGGGUAGUCAUUGUUUCAGUAACAGCUGAUUUUCACUUAAUCCAUUAUUGAUUUUGCAUCCUUCAGUUUGAGUUUAUUUGAUCCCUAUAGUUUAGAUCAAUUGUCCCUUUCCAUUGCUUUAGAAAAUGCACCAAUUGUUGUAAUUCCGCAUUGUACUUAGUUUUGCUAAAUCCUGCGUUAUUUUGUUCCUUUUGGAGUGAAAGAGUAUAGCCAUCAUAUGUAAGGCUGGACUGGCAAUUUUUUCACCCAAUAAGU